AACCCUUCUCUUCCUCCUUUUGUUCAAAAUUUGAACGGCGCCGCCAUCCCCCAAAUCGCCCCGUUUCCCCACCAAUUCCCCACCCCACCUCGCUCCCCCAAGGUCGGCAGCCGGAGCGAGCGCGAUGGCUGAACCCAACUCGUACGAGGAGCAGCGCAGGAGGCAGGUGGAGGAGAACAAGCGGAAGCUGGAGGAGCUGCGCCUGCACCGCCUCUCCGCCGCCGUGCGCGAGGCCGCCGUCAAGCCCAUGCCGAUCCAGGAGCUGAAGCUGCGGUAUCUUCGCCCGCCGCCGCCCCCGACCCGGCGGUCCGGCCGCGUCGCCAGUCUCCCCAAGCAACCUGAUUACCGCGACAAGAAAGCCCCGAGGGCAUAUGUUAAUAGAAGGGGAUUACCACCUGAUCGUGUGUACGCGACCGACGAAGCUAGAGACUACGCCUUCACCAAGGCCAAAGAGCUCAAUAACCUGCUGUCCUCUGCUCACCCCUCCUUCAUCAAGCCCAUGACCCAUUCUUAUGCCACGGGUAGCUUGCUGACAAUCCCGCGGCAAUUCAAGAAGAGCUAUCUCCCACGGUUUGAUGAGAUGAUCUUUCUGGUGGAUGAAGAGGAUGGGGAGUUUCCCAUGCCUUACAUUGCCCAACAUGGUGCCAUCGGCACUGGGUGGAAAAUGUUUGCCAUCGGCCACAACCUAGCUGAUGGUGAUUGCUUGGUGUUCCAGCAAGUCCAGAGGACAAAGUUUAAGGUCUACAUAAUUAGAGCAAGUUCCUACUACGAAAAGGACCACUGUUGACGCCUUUAGCUUCAACUAUUGCGACCACAACAGUGCCUUGCAGGAUGGAAAUAUAUGACUGAAGCGAAGAUCAAUGUGUCAUGUGGGGCACGUCCUACAGGCGUGGGCCAUGCGGCCAGGAGCAGCAGCCGUCGGCCGCAUCAGGCGAGGCGUAGGCUGGGCAGGAGUCCUGGUCCUGAUACAUUAGUUCCUAGAAUAAAAGACUAGUUUGUUAUGUAUAGGUUUCUAGUUUGUUAGCAGCCCAUGGGGCCUUUAUAUAUCGUAUAAUCAGCACCCUUUGAGGGCAAGCAAUAAAGUUAUUAUCUCCUA